UUCUAUCUCAACCCUCUCGGCUUCUCUCUCUACUCUUGGAAGCACGACGCAAGAGAGAGAAGGACGGAUCAAAGGAAGACGACGACAGAGAUGGAUCCAGACGCAGUCUCCAAGGCUUUCGUUGAGCACUACUACUCCACCUUCGACGCAAAUCGUGCGGGGUUGGUUUCUCUGUACCAGGAAGGAUCCAUGUUGACCUUCGAAGGCCAGAAGAUCCAGGGCUCUCAGAACAUCGUCGCCAAGCUCACCAGCCUCCCCUUCCAGCAGUGCAAGCACAACAUCACCACCGUCGAUUGCCAGCCCUCUGGUCCCGCCGGCGGCAUGGUCGUCUUCGUCUCCGGAAAUCUGCAGCUCGCUGGCGAACAGCACGCUCUCAAGUUCAGCCAGGUUUUCCCAAAUCUCAUCCCCUCGAUUUAUACAACUUUCGAUUUCAUUAUGUUUCACUUGAUGCCGACUGCACAAGGAAGCUAUUAUGUGUUCAAUGACAUAUUCAGGUUGAACUAUGCCUGA